UAAGGGGUGGGUAGAGAAGUCAUGGCAGCUAGUCGCAGCUUGACUGACGAAGUGGACGAAGCGGCUGAAGCAGAGCGAUGAAGGCGUUGGUACUCCUGACUGUUGUUGCAGUGGCACGUGCUGGGUUCCUGAGAGCUCCAGUGGCUGUAGCCUACGUUGGAGGCGCUGCAGGCAGUUCCACUCAGCAAAGAUCUCAAGAUGGAGCCGGCAACUACAACUUCAACUACAACGAAAAGCACGGAACCGGAGGGUCCUUCCGUCAGGAGUCAGGCGACGUAUCCGGCAGGGUAGUGGGCUCUUAUGGCCUGACUGGUGCCGAUGGUCGCCGCCGUGUCGUCAACUACGUGGCUGACGCUGCUGGAUUCCGAGCGUCGGUAUCGACCAACGAAGCUGGAACAGCCCCAUCUUCACCAGCAGCAGUUGGCAUCAAUGCUCCAGUCGCUCCCGUUCCUGUGGAAGCACCUGUUGCUACAUACGCAGCAGUCCCUAAGGUUGUGGUAGCAGCAGUGCCCGCUAGCUUCGCGCCAGCCACUCUGCCAUUAGCAGCUCCUGCAGCCGCUGUACCAGCUUCAGUUUCCGGUACCUACUCUACCUCCUUCGGACAUGGCGGCGGCAGUGCUCAGGUCAAUGUUAACCACGGAGGAGGUGCAGGCGUUGCUGGAUCUGGGGCUUCCUAUUCUACGUCCGUUAACCAUGCCGCCGGUGGAGGAUUCGGCUCUGGUGCUUCCUAUUCCUCGUCUGCUGGCCACGCUGGAGCUGGACUCCUCGCAGGUGGAGCUGGAGCUGGAGCUGGAGCAGGUGCCUCCUUCGGCCAAGGCGGAGCUGGGCUCUUCGCGGGAGGUGCUGGGUCUGGGGCUUCGUAUUCUACGUCCGUAAACCAUGCCUCCGGUGGAGGAUUCGGCUCUGGUGCGUCCUAUUCCUCAUCUGCUGGGCAUGCAGGAGCAGGGCUUCUCGCAGGUGGGGCUGGAGCAGGUGCCUCCUAUGGUCAAGGCGGAGCUGGGCUCCUCGCUGGAGGUGCUGGAUCGGGUGCUUCUUAUUCCACGUCUGUCAACCAUGGUGCCGGUUACGGUGCCUUUCAUGGGGUGAACUCUGUGUCGCAUGGCGGUGCAUCAGGGGGUUUCGCAGUUUCUGGUGCAGCUGGUGUACCUCUUUCCUACUCGUCCUCCGUCAAGCAUGUUGCCGGAUUUGCGUCUAGUGGCGUGCCACAUUACAAAGUCUUCCUGUGACGCGUACUCUGUGUUAUCUUCAAUCUUGUCCUUGUCUAUCUAUCGUCCCUAUGUGUCCGUUCCUCGUCAAAUUGAAAAUAGAGUUUAAUAAAAAUAUUUUGCAGCAUGA